AUGGCUCGUGGUGCCUGGCACGAAUUAUCCUCCUCGGACGCUUCCUCGCCUGGCCCACGUCCACGUUCUCCCAGUGACCCGGCUACGGCGGGAACAUCUGCGUCGACAUCGACCACCACAGCCACAGCCACAUCCACGUCCACAGGCAGCUACGAACUGCACACCCUGUCUGGAAAAGCAAGGAAGAUAGCCACGUCUCAAGCGCGACCUGAUGACGAGUACGAUCCAUCACCAGCUCCUCCCGCGAAUCCUCCUUCGCUCGACAAGAACAACAUGUCGAGAGCGCCUUUGUUGGUGCGAUCGAGCCCAGCACAAGGUACUGGGUCCUAUGGAGGUUUACCAAUCUUAUCCCUGAGUCCGGAUGAUUCCGAUGAGCAUCAUGUGAUCAAGAGCUCGCAGAAAGCAAAGAGGGAAGGCAAGAGCAGACUGGCCCACAGUGAAUACACCCAGUCCCAACGGUCGCCCGACUCUAGUCGUCUUCAAUCAGCACGAAGUGAACCGAAUCUUGCAAGUCGGGGUCCUUCACGACGCCGCAUUCGAGAGGAAGGUCGCAGCAGCUUGACCUUGGGUGAGGAGAUUGAUGGUCAAGAAGAAAGUCGAUUCGAGGCACGUUUCCAUGGCGCUGGCCUGGAUCCGUCCAUAGCUGGUGUCCCACUGCUCGACAGCUCACCAGCGUCUUCCAGUAGCACUCGUAUUGAUGAUGCUGGUGAGGAUGACGAGGAGGAGGAUGGUGACGACGACGACGAUGUCUCCGACAGCGAAAGUCUCCACGAUAUCAAAGGCAAUCCCCUAGAUAACUCGCCUUAUGCCCAAGUUCGCGCCUCCGUCGCUGCUAGCGACAACACUGCCUUAUCCAUUGAUACCCCUCGCAUGUGGUUCCUGUCAAUUUUGUUCGCGAUGGCCGGUUCAUCGACCAAUCUGUUCUUUUCCCUACGAUACCCUAGCGUCAGUCUUACUCCUAUUAUUGCUCUUUUGCUCGUUCAUCCCCUUGGUCUGCUUUGGGACCAGAUCUUUAAACGACCCUCGGAUCCCGAAGAAACCUUUGUAAACGGGUCUUUGCAUAAGCGAACUUACAGUUCUGAAACUCCACAAUCAAGGUCGACUUGGACACGAUCAAUACGCCUGUGGCUAGCCCAAGGCCGCUGGAAUGAAAAGGAGCAUUGCUGUGUAUGUGAUUACUCUCUUGGUUCCGUGCGUCGAACUAUACUGAUCUUAAUGCAGGUCAUUGUAGAGCAGGUCAAAUUUUACCAUCAGGAUCUUGGCAUCAUGUAUCAGAUUCUCCUCAUCCUCUCGACACAAAUCUUGGGCUAUGCACUUGCUGGUCUCACACGGCGGUAUCUUGUCCGACCCAGCGGCAUGAUUUGGCCAAGUACCCUGGUUUCCACAGCCAUGUUCACAGCUUUGCACAAAGAUGAAAAUAAGCCAGCCGAUGGUUGGACCAUCUCGCCACGCAAGUUUUUUGGGCGCAUCUUCAUGGGCUCUGUCGCCUUUUACUUCUUACCUGGACUUCUUUUCCCUGCAUUGAGUUACUUUAGCGUCAUCACAUGGUUUGCACCUAAGAACGUCGUUAUUGCAAAUCUUUUUGGCAUUGCAUCUGGGCUCGGCUUGUUUCCCUUGACUUUUGACUGGGCACAGAUUGCCUACAUUGGGUCGCCACUUGUCACACCGUUUUGGGCUGCCAUGAACAUCCUCGGCGGCCUUAUUGGCGUCAUGUGGAUUGCAGCACCCAUCAUGUACUACAAGAACGUACUGUAUUCGUCUUACAUGCCAAUUCUAUCGGCCGCAGUAUGGGACAACAAAGGAAAACCAUACAACGUUAGCAAGAUUCUGACGCCCGACUUCUUAUUUGACGAGGCUGCAUACAAGGAGUACAGUCGAGUUUACCUACCCAUCACCUAUGUUCUCAGCUAUGCUCUUCAAUUUGCCGCCCUGACCGCUUUACUUUCGCAUACUGGCCUUUGGCACGGAAAAGAUAUCUGGAGACAAUGGCGCCGCUCAUGGGCAGAGAUUCGAAAGGAAGCAGCCACUGAAUACCAGCCCUUGUCGACGGGUUCAGAGGACAACGGCCGCCCCUCAUCGCCUUCUAUGAGCCGGGGGAGAUCUAGUACGACUUCUGAACCGGAAAUAGAGGACCUGCUCACAGCGGAAGAUGUACACAAUCGCCUGAUGAGGAAAUACAAUGAUGUACCCAUGACAUGGUAUCUCCUGACAGGUGUGAGCAUGGCUGCCGUAGGCGUGUUCGUCGUUGAGUACUAUCCUGUCCAUCUACCUUGGCAUGGCCUGCUUCUGGCCUUGGGUAUCGGCGCCAUCCUGUUUAUCCCCAUUGGCAUCGUCAUGGCAAUCACAAACCAGCAGAGCAGUAUUUAUUUGAUCUGUCAGUUGAUCUGUGGUGUAGUCUUCCCGGGUCGCCCAGUCGCGAACAUGGUGUUCACGACUUUUGGAUACAUCUCGUCAACACAGGGGCUGAAGUUUGCUUCUGACCUGAAACUUGGCCACUACAUGAAGAUUCCUCCGCGCAUCUUGUUUAAGCUUCAGUUGUCCGUCACUAUCAUCUCUAGUUUGACACAGAUUGGGGUGUUGAACUGGAUGCUCAGCCAUAUUCCCGGCAUCUGCACACCGAGCGCCAUUAAUGGAUUCAACUGCCCUAUCGCACGGGUCCAUUUUAACGGCAGCAUUCUAUGGGGCGUAGUUGGACCCAAACGUUUUUUUGGACCCGGCGCACUCUACCGACCACUCAUAUGGGCCUUCCUCGUCGGUGCUGUUGCACCCGUCAUCCUUUGGUAUUUUGCACGCAAGGACCGCAAAUCUAUUUUGCGCAAAGUCAACCUUGCCGUGGUAUUUGGUAGUCUGAGUUGGAUCCCCCCAGCGACGGGUCUCAACUUCUCGGUGUGGGCGAUUGUGUGCUAUAUUUUCAACUAUGAGAUUCGGAACCGGCGCAAGAAUUGGUGGAAAAAGUACAACAUGAUGCUGAGUGCUGCGCUCGACUCGGGCCUGGCUUUUGGCGUGGUUGUCAUCUUCUUCGGCAUCGUGUAUCCCGGCUGGAUGAGCGGGUUCAAGUGGUGGGGUACAGAGGUCUACAAGCAGGGCUGUGACUGGCAGGCCUGUCCCUACAAAGAACUACCCAAAGGAGGAACCUUUGGUCCACCAACGUGGUGA